AUGAUCAAGAAUUUUACUAGGUUCACAAGAAUCAAUAAACCGAAUUUUUUGAAGUUCAGGAGGGCUAAAGUUACUGAUUCAAAAAUUGAAGAUGGUGCUGAUAUUCUAUACUGGAAUCGCUUAACACAGAGGCAAUAUAAUUCAAUCAAUAAUGAUGUUUUUGUAACUGACUUGGUUCUGGUGGAUGAAGUUUUAAGGCAUAAUAAACCUGAUGAUUGUUGGAUUGCAAUCAAUGGAAAAGUAUUCGAUGUCACAAAGUUUUUACUUAUGCAUCCUGGUGGAAAGGAGCGGAUAUUGAAACUUGCAGGAAGAGACGCUACCAAGGAUUUUGGGCAAAUACAUUCUAAGGAUAUCUUGGAUAAGAUGGUAGAGUUCAUAGACCUCAUCGGAACAUUGGAUGGAGAAUUUGAAGAAUUUGAUACAGAAGAAGAUCUUAUUAUCAGAGAAAACAUGGCAAAUAAACCAAGCAUCAAUUCUAUUUUCAACUUGUCCGACUUUGAAUAUGUUGCAAAGAAAGUCCUUCCAUCCACCAUUUAUACAUACUUUUCGACUGGGGCUUCUGAUGAGUUUUCUAUGCGAGAAAACCAUUAUGCAUAUAGCAGAGUUUUCUUCAGACCCAAGAUUCUUCAGGAAAUUGGACCACCCGAGACGAAGACUCAAUUCUUUGAUCUUGAUGUGAGUAUUCCGGUCUAUAUAACUGCAUUUGCUGGGGCAAGGUAUGCUAAUCCACUUGGUGAGAGAAACUUACAAAGGGCAGCUUAUAAUGCUAACGUCAUUCAGAUGGUUCCCAAGUUUUUGUCUUACACACUUGAUGAAUUCUUCAGGGAAGUUCCAAAAGAUCAAAGACUUUGGUACCAGUUGCAAUUCGAUACCCAAGAAGAGCUAGACAAUUGUCAGAACACAAUCAGAAAAAUUGAAUCAUACGGCAACGUUAAAGGUUUAUUCAUUAACGUCGACUUAGCAGAUUUGGGUAACAGAGAGAAAGACUCUAAGAAAAGAUUGGAAGAUCUAGAUAUAGCAACAGAGCUUACCGCAUUUGCUAAUAAUGGUAAUGUCAAUUAUCCCAAAAGUUUCAGUUGGAAAAAUAUAGAGCAAAUAAAGAAGAUGACAGAUAUUCCAAUUGCAUUGAAAGGGGUACAAAGAGGCGAAGAUGUGGUUAUUGCUGCUCAAAAAGGUCUCAAGGCUGUGAUUAUUUCCAACCAUGGAGGAAGACAGUUGGAUUUUUCAAGACCUCCAUUAGAGGUGUUAGCAGAAGCUAACCGAAUGUUGAAAGAGAGAGGGUUACAAGACAAAAUUGAACUUUAUGUUGAUGGGGGCAUCCGUAGAGGAUCCGAUAUUAUUAAAGCGAUUUGUUUAGGGGCAAAAGGUGUAGGGCUUGGUCGUCCUUUCUUAUAUUCAAUGGCUGGUUACGGGGAAGAGGGUGUGGCCAAGGUUUUCCAAAUACUAGAAACUGAAAUGAAGAAUAAUAUGAAAUUACUUGGAGUGGAUAAGAUAGAAGAUCUAAAUGAAGACUUAAUUGAUUCUUCUAAUUUGAAGUUUCGGAGUGCAGUCGUCAACAAUGAUCGUCUUUAUGAUGGGAUUUAUGAAAGUUUAGGACCACCAAUUUUCAAAAAUUCCGUUGUUGGUAGGGUGUAGGUCAAUAUACAAAUCUUUUAGCCCCAAACCUCUUCCUCUAGAUCUCUGUUUUC